AUGGCGGACGGACUCAACCAGGCCCGCGCUAUGCGUGUCGCCGAGAUCAUCAACGACUACCGCACUCUCCUGUUGCACAUCUCGCAACAGCGUAUGGAAGUGUGCCAAGCGGAUCAUAAUGAGGAAGGCUAUGUGGUACUCCGGGAGUCUCUAGCCUCCGCUCAGAAUUUGUCGUCUGCCAACUAUCAGCCCUGUCCGGUUACAGGGCAAGGCAAUGUCGAAACCGAGAAAGCCGAGCUACAGAGAGUCAUCGUGGAUAGCAGCGCACGCCGAUUCCAAGCACACAAGAUCUACCUACGUGCCGCCGCAGCCCGACGAUGGGCCAUAGCCCGCAUCAACAUCCUACGUGCUCAACGAUCACCAGCUGACAAAGCCGCAGCCCUGAAGACCGCUACUACCACGCUUCAUCAGGAUCUCAAUGGCAUCACGGAUCACCAUGUUGUUUCGGACCUCCGCGCCGCCGACAUGCGGGCAGGCCACUGGCUUGACGACGACCCGUCCCUCGAAGCGAUCCGUCGCUGGGUUGCGGGGCGGUAA